CGGGCAUCGGCCUGCCAAAACGGACUCAAGGAGUGUUGAAAGCACUGGGUCUGCGUCAACGAAUGAAGACAGUCUUCUACCCAGUCACACCCGAGGUCGCAGGUCAGAUCAUGAGAGUCAAGGAGUUGGUAGCAGUUCGGGAAGUGGAUAGGCCACUGACCAAGGAGGAGCUGAAAGCUGAGCGGCGGCCGGAUCCUGGAUUCUACUUGGAGAGCGCGGUUCCACGGUGACGAGAUUGGAGCAGGAGAAGUGUUGGGCUGGAAUAAACGGUAGCACGGCCGAGUCAUGGAGGCGCUGGCAGGCUAUGAAUGAGUCGACUUGGAUCAUGAUGGUGGAGAAAUGACUGGAUGGCCUCGGAAGCGUGUCUCGAACACUCUACAAAGCCAAUCCUGGCGAUAUUGUACAUUAAGCGGAACCCACAAUGGCGUUUGGAUUCAUCUGGGCUCGAGUUGUAACAUACAAUCGAUUGCUGGACCGAACAUCACAAAGCCAGCAAGAUUUGGGAUUAGACAAAGACUGUUCCUGUAACAGAUAUUAGAACGAGGGCAACUGCUUCCUAC